AUGUCAGAGGAAGCUGUUACUGAGGCACGGUUUUCUCUGAGGACGGCAGCUUUGCGGGUGUUUCACCUUCCCCUGUCUUGGUAUUACUCCCUUAACCAGAUAAAGCUUUCCCCUGGGUUAAAGAAGCUUUUCACAGUGACGGCAGUGAGUGCAAUAUCUGUUAUUUUUCUGGCCCAUCACUUUAAAAGAAGGCGUGGAAAGAAAAACAAGAAAGUACCGCCAUGGGAACCAAGUCAUCUAGUAUUAGAGUGCACCAAAGCAGCUGCAUCAGAAAAAGGUUCUAGCUGCUCCAGUAGUCGGCAAAACUUGACGCUUUCUCUGAGCUCAGCCAAGGAAAAAGGAUCUCAGUCUUGUAUCUAUGCAAAUGGAGGACUUUUCAGUAAAUACUCUGGUUCGGUUCAAAGCCUGGCCUCGGUUCAGAGUGCCACCUCUUGUCACAGUUGCGCUUGUGCCAAUUCUAAUUCCUGGGAUAAAGCAGAUGAAGAUGACAUUAAGCUUGUCAAUAUUCCAGUGACCACACCUGAAAAUUUGUAUUUGAUGGGUAUGGAGCUUUUUGAAGAAGCACUGCGUCGGUGGGAGCAGGCACUAACCUUCCGGAACAGGCAAGUCGAAGAUGAAGCAAGCUGUGGUUCCAUUAAGCUGGGAGCAGGAGAUGCAAUUGCAGAAGAAAGUGUAGAAGAUAUCAUUAGUGCUGAAUUCAUUCAUAAGCUUGAAUCCCUUCUUCAAAGGGCUUAUCGUCUUCAGGAGGAGUUUGAAGCCACCCUUGGGGCCUCCGAUCCGGCUUCUCUAGCUAAUGAUAUUGAUAAAAGUACAGACGUUACUGUAAAGGAUAAUACGGAUGAUUUCUGCCUUCGAGAUACAUUAAGCAUUGCAUCAACGGACUCCUUUGUUUCCACAGCUGAGCUUACAGAGCACAGAGAGAUUCGCAAUACGUAUGGUCUGGAUUCCCUUUGCCGUUGCCCGUUGUAUGAAGAAGCUAUGCACUUGGCAGAAGAAGGCAAAAUUUAUUCACGGGUGUUAAGGACUGAAAUGUUUGAAUGUCUGGGAGACAGUGACUUCCUUGCCAAGCUCCAUUGCAUUCGACAAGCUUUUCAGGUAAUUCUUUCAGAAACAGCAAACAGAAUAUUUCUGGCUGAAAGUGGAAGAAAAAUUUUGUCUGCUUUAAUUGUGAGAGCACGGAAGAAUCCAAAGAAAUUUGAAGAUGUCUUUGACGAAAUGAUAUAUUUUUUGGAACAAACAGAUCACUGGGAUAAUACUGAAAUGGAACUGGCUGCUAGAGGAGUGAAAAACCUGAAUUUUUACGAUGUUGUCCUGGACUUCAUAUUAAUGGAUUCGUUUGAAGAUUUAGAAAAUCCGCCGAUAUCUAUACAGAAUGUAGUGAAUAACCGCUGGCUAAAUUCGUCUUUUAAAGAAACAGCUGUGGCUUCAAGCUGUUGGUCAGUACUGAAGCAGAAAAGACAGCAAAUGAAGGUGCCUGAUGGAUUUUUUGCACAUUUCUAUGCUAUAUGUGAACAUAUCAGCCCUGUCCUGGCGUGGGGCUUUUUGGGCCCUAGAAAUUCCCUGUAUGACCUGUGCUGCUUCUUCAAGGAUCAAGUGCUUUUCUUCCUCAAAGACAUUUUUGAUUUCGAAAAGGUGAGGUACUCCACGAUGGAGAGUUUGGCUGAAGACCUCACGCAGCUGCUGAUCCGGCACACCGAGCUGCUGACGGCCUACCUGGGAGCAGACUCGCUGCGGCACGUCGGCGCGUGCGUGAGCGGCCACGGGCCCGUGGUGGCCAGCGGGCUGGUGGAAGCGAAGGCGCA